UAAUUGUAACAAAAUUAAAAGGCAGAGAACAAGAGAGAGGAGCAGUAGAACUGGACAUAUUAUAGUCUUUGCUAUUACCGUCAUUAAUAAUAAUAAUAGACAAUAUCAUCAUAACAUGAUCCACCGCUUAAUCAUAUCAUCAUCUUAUCUUGAUUAUAUUGGUAACUCAGCCACUCUUUUCAUAUUGUUAUACUCAUUUAAAUCACAUACUAUUCUCUACAAUUUUAAAUUAAUGGCCAACAACAACGAUGGUGAUCGAGAUGGCAUCGGAAGCCUCUUUAAGGACCACAAAUUAACUUUCCUCCUAAUAGCAGCUGGAACUACCUCUGUCUUAAUCACCAUAUACCAUCUCAUCAGUGUCUGCUUAUAUAACCAGAACCAGGCCCCUAGGCAGCGGCAGCCGCAGCAGCAGCAGUGGCACCUGCAGCCAGCUGGGAAUAGCACCGAGGCCUCUGUGGCCGAGCUUAUCCCAGCGCACAAGUAUAAGAAAGGCGAAGGUUUCGGGGGAUACGAUAAGGAUGAGGGUGUGGUUUGCGCGGUAUGCCUUGCCGAAUUCGAAGAAGGGGAGGAGCUCCGGACCUUGCCGGAGUGUUUGCACUCGUUUCACGCACCCUGUAUAGACAUGUGGCUCUUUUCUCAUUCUACUUGUCCGGUGUGUCGCGGUGAUGCCACGCCUUCCCCCUCGCCCAGGAUCGGUUGGCAUGGUGAGACGAGGUUGAAUUCUACCUAGCUAGGGCAUAUUAUUGAUCGUAUUAUUGGUAAAGAUUUUAGAUAUGGCACGUUACGUAGCUAUUAUAUAUUAAAUUAAUACGUUAUGUUGUAAUAAAAAUGUAUUUGUAUUGAAUGAAAUGUGUUUAUUA